AUGCCGAUCGUCGCCGCCGACAGUUAUUGUUUGAGGAGGGGGAUCACGUAUUUCUUAAAGUGUCACCACGUCGAGAUUGGGGAAGUAGCGUAUCGCUUGGCUUUGCCACCGAAGCUUUCGGGAGUGCACGACGUGUUUCACGUGUCCAUGUUGAGAAAAUACGAGCCAGAUCCAUCUCAUGUCUUAGAAUGGUCCGAACUUGAGUUAGAAGCCGACGCGUCAUAUGGAGAAAAACCGAUUCGUAUCCUUGAUUCGCGCGAUCAAGUGUUGAGGGGUAAGACAAUACCGUUAGUGCGAGUCUUGUGGAGUAACCAAGGCAAGGAAGAGUCGACUUGGGAACGUGAAGAUGAAGUUAGGAAGAAGUAUCUGAACUUAUUUCCGGUUUGA